CUGUCACUUCGAGGAGAAGAACUUCACAUCAGACAUUCGUGAAUUCACAUUCACAGAGACACUUUCAAGGCUGCUCGCCAAAAAUGUAAAAAAGCGGAGGCAACGUCUGACUUACAGACAGAUGGUGAUGAAAUGCCUACAAGGCGAAAAAGGAGAGGACCAUCCGCAGGAGAAGCCGCAGCCCUCACGUGUCCCAGAGGGGACUCAGCAGCCCUUGUGUGUCCCAGAGGGGACUCAGCAGCCCUCAAGUUUCCAGGUGGCAGAGCAGGUCCCAGAGGCACAGGUCCCAUGGAUCCCGCAGGGGAAGCAGCGCCCAUGUCACCGGGGGGCGGAGCAGCGCCCAUGGUUCCGGGAGGCGGAGCAGAUCCCAGAGGAGCGGGUUCCCGCAGGAGGAGCGGAUCCAGCGGGGGGAGCAGCCCCAACGAUUCUGGGAGGUCACCAGGUAACCAGGGUCAGCCCAGCAAGACAGAGUCUGACCCCGAGAAACCCCUGUGGGUCUCCCAGAAGUGGCCUCAGCAUGAGCCUACUUGACGGCAGCCCCACCCCGUCUCCUGGCCACAGAGCAGCCCAGUUACUGCGUGGCCAAACUUUAGCCCCCCAAAACAUUGAUAGAGCAAUGUUCAUCACAUUAGUGACAUUGCUAGAAGAAGUGAAGGACACACUGAAGCUGCAUGGGCAGAUGCUAAACGCACUGCUCAAAAAAGAUUCCAUGCCAGUCAUGGCAAUACCGGAUGGCGCUGUUUUCCCCCUGGCCAACGUUGAGGACGUUAUCGCCAUGAAUGAGAAGUUGUCAGACCCUGAAUUCAUGUCUGCAGUGGUUGCCAUGGUUGCAGACAUAGGGGGUUCCUCACUAGAAGAUGACACCAGGAGGAUGAUGAAGUUCCUAAUGGUGCCAGAACUGCAACGGCAGUACAACGUGACUGGACGGAUGGGCAAGCUGUGCUUCAAAGAUCUGCGUCUUUUUGAAGUUUUCUAUUGUGCACUGAAGAGUAAUGCAAUUACUCAAAGUGUGAACCGCAAGCAAGUGGAAAUGGCGCUGGGGAAGUGGUUCACCGGCGCACGUGACCGUGGAGGGGAGAUGGGCCGCAAGAGCCCAAAGACAAAAGGGAGCAUCCACCACGCCAUGAGUGUAUUUUGUAUUAAAGGAGUAGUUCACUUUUAAAAAAACUUUUGCUGAUAAUUUACUCACCCCCAUGUCAUCCAAGAUGUCCAUGUCUUUCUUUCUUCAGUCGAAAAGAAAUAAAGGUUUUUGAUGAAAACAUUCCAGGAUUUUUCUCCAUAUAAUGCACUUUAGUGGGUACCAAACGGUUCAAGGUCGUUUUCGAACAAAUCUUUUUUCAAGUACGCUGUACUGUACUGUAGUAAGCUGCUCAUGUGUUUACCACAAAACGGGCAAAACAUCCCUCGGUCGCAGUCCAUGUUCGGUCACCAAAAACUUAAAUUCCUAUAUGCUUCAUAUUCACGCCAUAUUCUCCACAUUGAAAACACGAAUUAACCGCGCUCACCAACAACACCUAUCACCCGCGUUCACUCGUCACUUCUGGUAUGUGGUACAUUCCCUUUCCGUGAGGGAUCGAUCGUUUGUAAAUUUGUUUCGGGACGGGUAAAAGUGUUUGGCGUCUUGCUAAUUUGUUUUCUAAAAUGUAAAUUUGUUUUGUCCUUGGUAAAAAUGUUUUGCCCUUGGUAAAAAUGUUUCGCCCAUGUAAUUAUGUUUUAUGGUAGGGUAAAAAUGUUUUCCAAAAUGUAACUUUGUCUCAAGCUUUGUAAAAGUGUUUCAGUCUUUGUAAUGUUGCUUUGCACUUCCCGGCCACCGUACGACGGGCUUAUCAACGACGUUGUUCACUGGCGACGUAGUAGCCUAUCCACACACGUAGCUGUCACACGAUGGUCUCCUUUGGUAGGUUAUCCGUGGCACAAUCCACCCGCCAUACAUGCCGGCCCAAAGAAAUUCUAGACAUCUUGGAUAAAAUUUGACCACGUGACGUUAUUCUAGGCCUGGCCAACUACCUGUGUUCCAAAUGUGGGGUCUCUGGGACGUUUCUGUGAGAAGUUAUGGACUUUUGAAUGUUGGAAAAAUAUGUGUCCCAAUUGUCAAUUUUGACAUAAGGGACACCUGGCGACCUUUUGAAAUUUGGGCAGGUAUUUGGGCACCUUGGAAUGCACCCAGGGACACCAAAUUGAUGUCAGGUGUUCACUGUUACACCUAAUUUCAGGCACUGAAAGCUGCAGCCGUCGAACUGCUGUUUAAGGUGUAGGAAUCUGGCCAAAUGACCUCAACGAGGCCUUCUGAACCGUGAGGGUCCAUUUGGGGAACUUUCUGACAAUUGAGUUGACAAAUGGAAUCAUGGUAAUUUAUUAAGUAUGACUAUUAA